GUGAUGGAUCCUGAGGCCCCGUCCCCUCUGCAGCGUUUCGUUGUGGCGAAGCGAUCCAUCAACUCCAUCUUGGAUCAGCUGCUGGCCUUCGUGAAGGACGGGUCAGCCUUCAUGGACGAGGUGUGGCGGAGCCCAGACCUGGGUCCCGAGGCCCUAGAGGAGCAGAGUCUGGAGCUGCAGCGCUGUGCGUCCACACUGUCCACCAUCAGGGAGGUUCUGCUCAGGAGACACAUGAAGGUGGCCUUCUUCGGCAGGACCAGCAACGGCAAAAGCACCGUGAUCAAUGCCAUGCUCAGAGACCGGGUUCUGCCCAGCGGCAUCGGCCACACCACCAACUGCUUUCUGAGUGUGGAGGGAACGGAGGGCGAUGAGGCGUACCUGACCACCGAGCUGUCCAACGAGAGGCGGAGCGUGUCUACGGUGAACCAGCUGGCUCACGCACUCCACAUGGACCCGACACUGGACUCUGGGAGUCUGGUCCAAGUGUUCUGGCCUAAGAGUCGCUGCGCUCUGCUGAGAAACGAGCUGGUGCUCAUGGACAGCCCAGGCACGGACGUCACCCUGGAGUUGGACAGUUGGAUCGAUAAGUUCUGUUUGGACGCAGACGUCUUUGUUCUGGUUGGGAACGCUGAGUCAACACUGAUGAAUACGGAGAAACUUUUCUUUCACAAAGUCAGUGAGCGAAUCUCCAAACCCAACAUCUUCAUCCUACACAACCGCUGGGAUGCCUCGGUGACGGAGCCGGACUACAUCCUCCAGGUGAGGAAGCAGCACCUGGACCGCUGCGUAAGCUUCCUGUCUGAGGAGCUGAGAGUGGUCGGGCCAGAUGAGGCAGAGGGCAGGAUAUUCUUCAUCUCAGCCAAAGAGGUUCUGACCUCCAGGAUGCAGCGAGCGCAGGGCAUGCCUGAGACAGGUGGUGCUCUGGCUGAAGGGUUCCAUGAGAGGCUGGCUGAGUUCCAGAGGUUUGAGAGGACAUUUGAGGAGUUCAUCUCUCAGUCGGCGAUCCGGACCAAGUUUGAGCAGCACACAGUGAGGGCGUGGCAGAUCACUGAGACCAUCAAAGCCAUCAUGGACACCGUCAACAUCGCCUCAGCAGACAGGAAGAUCUGCUGCCUGGAGGAGCGUGAGGAGCAGCGAGACCGACUGGACUUUGUCCGAGGACAGAUGAACCAUCUGAGCGACAGCAUCAAAGAUAGGAUCAGAACUCUCACUGAUGAUGUCACUGCUAAGGUGACUUCUGUGCUGUCGGAUCAGAUUCACUCCCUCACAGUUCUGGUAGAGGAAUUUAAAGCCGACUUUGAUCCAACUUCAGAGACUCUGGAGCUCUACAAAAUGAAACUUGUGCAACACGUGGAGGAAAGACUGGUCAGCUGUUUGACUCACUGCUGCUCCAUCAGCAUCCUCCAAGAUGUCAGCGAGGUCCAGAGGCACAUGAUUGACAGUGUCCGUCCUCUCCUGUCUUUGUCCGUCCAGCAGCAGCUCUCUCCCUCUUCAUCCUUUGAGAUGACCUAUGACCUUAGCCUCAACACUGUCUGUGCAGACUUCAAGGAGAACAUUGACUUCCAGUUUUCUCUGGGCUGGACCGCCCUCGUGACCCGCUUCAUUGGAGUCACUAACGCCCACCGGGCGCUGAGCGGCAAGCACGGACUUAAAGUGAAUAAAGAGAUGCUUCUGUCUCCUCAGGACAAAUCCACCUUCAAGGAUGAGAUGGUGGUUUCCAUAGCAACACAUCUGGUCUCUUUCACUUCAAGGGCAUCCAUCACUGUGCUGGUGAUUGGUGGAGUGGUGUGGCGUUCAGUGGGUUGGCGUAUCGUCGCCCUCUCUGCCUCCCUGUACACACUCCUCUACCUGUAUGAGAGACUCACCUGGACCGACGCCAGCAGGGAACGCACACUGAAGCAGCAGUUUGUGGAGCACACUGCCCAACGCCUGAGGACCAUCAUCCCCAUCACAGGCUCCGCCUGCAGCCAACAGGUGUUCAGGGAGCUGUCGUCUACCUUCAGCCGGCUGACUCAGAGGAUGGACCUGAGUGAAGCAGAACUGGAGGGAACCAUUCGGCAGUUGAGCUUUAGGAUUCAAAAACUGGAGAACAUCCAGAAGAAGUCCAAGAACUUCAGGAACCGAGCCAUGGAGCUGGAGGCUCAGCUGGAGGUCUUUUCUGCUCAGUACCUGCAGGAAAACUGA